AUGCCUCCAAAUCAGGGUACUGGCUAUAUCAUCUCUACUAUACCCACUGUUGCCGAUGUGACAGUUGACGGACUAGAGCAAGUAAGCGGCACAGUCAGUGGUCUUAAAGCCUGUGACAGGUACACAUUCACCGUAAAGACAAAGAGUGCGGAGGGAAAUUCUAAAGGAAUCUCUGUGACCGGCUUUCCUCGUACGUAG